AUGGAGCUAGCGACCCGGUGGGUGCGAGAGCAAAGCACAGUCCCACCAUUUUUUUGCAGCGGCGGCGAAGCGAGGAUGCUGGUGGUGGAGCUGGGCAUAUGGGUCAUCCCGCUGACCCUCGUCUUCGUCCCGUGCCGGCGCAUCGUCCUCCUCCUGUCCAGGCUCCAGGAGCUUGGACGGACCAUGAUGCGCCCGAGGCUGGUGAUCAGCUCGCGGGAAGAGGACAUGUGGAGCCGCCUGUCCAGGCUUAACUCCAUGGCCUUCAUGUUGUGA